AUGAAUAUUGGCUUGAACAACUUCAGCCUCUCCUUGUUGGCGGUGUCGCUGAACAUGAUCAUCCGGUCGUGCUUGCCACUGGUGACAUUGGUGUUUCAACAAGUGCUGGGGCCUUGCUUCCCAGACUUAGCCAGCAAGGUCCGCGUGUCCGAGGUUACCUUCAUGGUUGCAGGCGUUCUCUUCGCCGCGCUGGCGACGUUGGCGAAGAGCCACGGCGCCCACAACAACGAGUCGGAUGUGGCCUGCGCCGUAAACCUGAUUUUGGCCAGCGUCUUCGGCAGUGUCCUGAAGCCGGCCUUGAAUCCAGUGGACACCAUCUUCUACAUGGCCAUCCCAUGCGCCAUCUUCCUCCUUCCAGCCUCCCUGUGGGUCCUGCACCCAGUGGACUGGCCCAACUUCGGGGACAUUAGCGAUGCCCAGGUCCUGAAGAAGGUCAUGGAGCUCAGCCCCUCCACCGUCAUGUGGGUCGUCCUCUCUGGCGUCAUCGCUGCAGGCUACAAUGUGUUGCAGUACACAGUGGUGCAGAAGUUGUCCGCCAGCCAUGCUGCCUUUGCGGGAAACUUCAACAAAGCUGUGCCCUGA